UCGAGUUUCAAAGAAUUUUUUAGCGUAGUUUUGCCAACCUGUUAGUAGGAGAUAGGGAUUGGACAAUAUACAUUAAAAGACUUGAUUGAAAAUAUUCUUUUUAUGAGGUCAAGGGAAUAAGAAUCAAUAAUUUACAAACAACCAGCAAAUUUUCUUUAUAUUUAAUGAUUUUUCCCUGAUAUUACCCUAUAAACCACAGACAAGUAUAAAGUAAAUGUCAACUGGUAAUUCUCUUAAAUAUUAAUAAUGCCAUGAAUAUUAACUUAAAGGUUAAGUAUUUUACAUACAUUUGCAAACACCACCCAUGUGUCAUGAAUUGCCAAAAUAAAAUUGUGUAUGUAAAGAAAGUAUGGUGUUAAUUUUCUUAAAAUACUCAUUUGUGAUCUCUAUUUUUUCCAAACAUAAAUGGUAAGAAUUUUUUUUUUAAUUAAUGUAGAUCUAGUAAUUAUAUAGGAUAAUCAGAUAUAUAUGCACAUUAUAAAAGCGGUAUGUAUACAGUUAUUGAUUUGGUUGGGUUUAUAUGCAUGUAUUGGCGAAUGACAAUACAACCUUGCAAUAAUUUAUGAAUGCUCAGAACUUACUUGUAUAAUGCAAAUCCGUGUAUAGUGCUGUCUUGUGACUUGGACCCCGUCGCUCGCAUUAUAUUUGAGUUACAGUGUAUAUGCUGCUGGUUUAAGGUUGAGCUGUUGUCUGCACAAGAAUGUUGUCACAUAUACAAUUAUUAUACACCCAUUCCUUGAUUUAUGAUUUUUUUCUGCUUUUAUUUCCUUUCAUUUCUAGUUUUUAUUAUCUUGCUUUUCUUUUCUUUCUUUAUAUCACAUUUUUCUUCCUUCAUCUUUCUAUCUACUUCCUUCUCACACCUUUCCCCUCCACAGUCUCAGAAUGCACACUAUUCUGCAAAACCAUCAAUGGCUGAAGCAAACACUGACCAAGCCUCAGAGGACAUCGAUCAAUUCUAUGCCAAUCUCGAAGCAAUGUCCAAAGCAGGUCAAUGUUCAGGAUCUUACCCAAAUGUGCCCUUCCUUCCUGCCGAUGAAUCCUCUGGAGAAUCAAUGGAGCAGUUCUUGCAACAACUGGGAGCCAUGAGAAACACCCCCUUAGGCAUGGAAUUGCUCAAGGGCGUGAUUGGCGCUGCUCUUGAUGCUAGCCAUGCAGAGGAUCCAAAGCUUAGAGAUGAGAUCAAGGAUGAAAUCUUUGGCAAGAUCUCUGAUGCAAUUGACCAGGGGCAGUUUCCAGAAAGUGCAAGUGGAAACCCUUUCAUUGGAAAUGUUGCCAAUGAAAUGAAGCAAGAAUCAGAAGCUGCUAUCAGCAAACAAGCUUUAAAGAAAACUGUGAACUGCUCCACACCAGCCACUGCUUACAAAGAUCCACUGCCAAAGGAAACUGUGGACUGCACCACAACAGCCAUGGCUGACAAAGAUCCACUCCCAAAGGAAACUGUGGACUGCACAAUAACAGCCAUUGCUUACAAAGAUCCACUGCCAAAGGAAACUGUGGACUUCACAACAACAGCUACUGCUUACAAAGAUCCACUGCCAAAGGAAACUGUGGACUUCACAACAGCCACUGCUUACAAAGAUCCACUCCCAAAGUUAACUGUUGACUAUACAACAGCCACUGCUGACAAAGAUCCACUCCCGAAGGAAAAUGUGGACUACACAGCAACAGCCACUGCUGACAAAGAUCCAUUGCAAGAGAACACUGUGGAGGGUAAAAUAACAGCCAAUGCUGACAGAGAUCUUCUACCAGAGGAAACUGUGGACUGCACAACAGCUACUGGUGACAAAGAUCCACUGCCAAAGGAAACUGUUGACUGCACCACAACAGCCACUGCAGACAAAGAUCCACUUCCAAAGGUAACUGUGGACUGCACAACAACGGCCACGGCUGACAAAGAUCCACUUCCAAAGGAAAGUGUGGACUGCACCACAACGGCCACUGCUGACAAAGAUCCACUUCCAAAGGUAACUGUGGACUGCACCACAACAGCCACUGCUGGCAAAGAUCCUCUGCCAAAGGCAACUGUGGACUGCACCACAACAGCUACUGCUGACAAAGAUCCACUUCCAAAGGUAACUGUGGACUGCACAACAACGGCCACGGCUGAGAAAGAUUCACUUCCAAAGGAAAAAGUGGACUGCACCACAACAGCUACUGCUGACAAAGAUCCACUGCCAAAGGAAACUGUGGACUGCACAACAACAGCCACUGCUGACAAAGAUCCUCUGCCAAAGGCAACUGUAGACUGCACAAUAACAGCCACGGCUAACAAAGAUCUACUUCCAAAGGAAAUUGUGGACUGCACAACAACAGCCACUGAUGACAAACAUCCUCUGCCAAAGGAAACUGAGGACUGCACAACAACAGCCACUGCUUACAAGGAUCCACUGCCAAAUGAAACUGUGGUCUGCACGACAACAGCCGCGUCUGACAAAGAUCCACUUACAAAGGAAACUUUGGAUCGCACAACAGCCAUGACCGACAAAGAUCCACUUCAAAAACUAUCUUUGGACUGCAAAACAACAGAUGGCAUAGAUCCACCCCCUAAAAAAAUUGUGGAGUGGAAAUCAACAGCUUACAAAGAUCCACUUCCAAGGAAAAUUGUGGGCUGCAGCACUACAGCUGACAAAGAUUCACCCCCAAAGAAAACUGUGGAGCGCACCACUACAGCUGACAAAUAUCCACUCCCAAAGAAAACUGUGGAAUGCACCAUAUCAGCUUACAAAUAUCCACUCCGAAAGAAAACUGUGGAAGGAGAAACAACAGCUGACAAAGAUCCACCCCCAAAGAAAACUGUAGACUGCACCACUACAGCUGACAAAGAUCCACGCCCAAAGAAAACUGUGGAAUGCACCACAUCAGCUUACAAAUAUCCACUCCAAAAGAAAACUGUGGAGUGGAAAACAACAGCUGACAAAGAUCCACUCCAAAAGAAAACUGUGGAGUUAACCACUACAGCUGACAAAGAUCCACCCCCAAAGAAAACUGUAGACUGCACCACUACAGCUGACAAAGAUUCACCACCAAAGAAAACUGUGGAGUUUACCACUACAGUUGACAAAGAUCCACCCCCAAAGAAAUCUGUAGACUGCACCACUGCAGCUGACAAAGAUCGGCCCCCAAAGACAACUGUAGACUGCACCAAUACAGCUGACAAAGAUCCACCCCAAAAGAAAACUGAUGAGUUUACCACUACAGUUGACAAAGAUUCACCCCCAAAGAAAACUGCAAACUGCACCACAACAACUGACAAAACAAAUGUUCCUAAAACAUUUGCUGGGCCAAAUGGAAGCAACACUUUCAAGGAAAGAACCCCAAAUGCUGGAUACUUUACUGAAGAUGGCUGCCAUAUGGUAAAAAUGGAUGAUCACACCUACAUCAUCCCACCAGAUGAUUAUGCUCUACUCUACCAGCAAAGCAGGGGCAUGAACAUCGUCACAAAGACCUUGGCAAACCAGCCAACGUCUACUGAUGAGGCUUACUUUGAACUGCAGGCCCUAUUUGCUGAAGAGUAUCUUAAGUAUCUAAAAGAAAAAUGCAGGCUGUAUCAACUAAAGCCUGAGACAAUGAGUGGAGCACCAGUUAUCUCCAUCUCAACUGGAAUUAAGAAACCCCACAAUAAACCUGAAAUAAAAGGAUCCAAAAAACCUAAAAGAAAAGGAAAAGUCCUAGGUAAUGGCAGCACUGCUUUGCAGGAACUGGAAUCUGAGCAGAAUGCUGUUGGUUCUGACCAGGACUCUCAAACCUCUGACCUUGAUGAUGUUGGCACAGAUGUGGAUUCUGUCAGCACAGAUGUGGAUUCUGUUGACACAGAUGUGGAUGCUGUUGGCAUAGAUGUGGAUUCUGUUGGCACAGAUAUGGAUUCUGUUGGCACAGAUGUGGAUGCUGUUUUCUUGAAUCAGACUUACAUUGGGACAGUUGUGGAUGCUAUUGGCCACAAGGAUGUUACCACAUUCUGUGAAUCCGAAUUAACUUGUGCAGAAGCCAACUCAGCACACAAGGUCUCCAGUUUCUGGAAGAAAGGAGGUCUUGGCCUGGUAGGAGCUGGUCUUGUUAGCCUCGUAGGUAUCGGCAUGUACCGGUACCUGAACCACUAGUCAACUCAACACUCAUCCAUCUUUCAACAUCUAUUUUUAAAAAUUCCUGCAGCAUGGUGAAUAUGGAAGGUAAAGAAUACAGCAGGGUGCAGAUGGACAACUCCAAUAGUAAUUGUAAUAUCUUUUACUCCCUUGUGAAAGAAUUUAUCAUUGAAUGAUGAACAAACCAUGUAUAAUAAUACAAGUUUAUAGGAAUUUAAAACAUGGGGAAGCAGGCAAUUCAUUAAGACCACAAUCAUCUUCAUACAAUUGUGUGCUUGUCACACAUUAAAAAGUAACUGUCCCUAAUUUAGAGCAUACAUUAUGGUCUGAUUUUGAAAAGACCGCCUAUAGUUACUUUGAAUUAUAAUUCUUGUGAAACAAUCAUAUUGCCAAAACAUAAUUAUGUCUUGUUUGCCAAGAAUGAGAACAAACCGCGUGCUUAAGUAAUUCUUUACUAUAUACAUGUAUGUUGGAAAUGAAUGAGAUAUUAUUGAUGUAUAUUGUGCUAUACAUUUUCAAGACAAUUUACAUUUAAAUUCAUGUUCUCUCACAAAGUGGUUGUUAUAGAAGUAUCUUGCCAUAAAUAUUAUGCACCAAGAUUGUUCACAGAUUUUUGCCACAACAUGGGUUACCACUUGGCCAUUAUUCAGAGAAUGUUCAACACUAUGUAAGAAACACGGAUAUUUUCCAAAGUAAAUAAAGUGUUCCACAAACUUGAUUAACACGAGUAUGUAUUUCGUCUAUUUUGAUUGAUGAUAAACCAAAAACCUAAUAUUGAAUCUAUGUUUAACAUAUUCCUCUUAGUAAUGCGAGUUAUAAUGUCACUUUGAAUACAAUGUUAAAGUUGUAUUAAUCAUUUUUUAAUUGGUUUGAAAUUGUCACACUGUGGGCAAAUUAAGUCCCUUGAAUGUGUUCUCCAUUCAAUAUGUUUCAGAUAUUGAGAGUAUUAUUUGUAUCAAUCAUGAUAAAAAUCAAACUGUUAUUAAAAUGUUGUUUAGACACUAGUGUACCUACUUUCAUUAUGUACUGUUUAAUUUUGUUUAUAUUCUUUAAAAUAUUUUAAAGGAAUCUAUGAUCACAUACUUGUAUCAGAUCAUAUGUAGCCAUCACUGAACAUGCAGACAAUGGUAAAAUUUAAAACUCAUAAUGUUUUAUGGCAAUAUAUUGCAAUUUAACAUUUCUCUACUUAUUAAUGUAAACUAAUUUUUGUUACUUAAUAAACACAUAAGAUGUGCUUAUAGUCCCACUUGAUGUGUUUCUUUUAAUAUUUGGGCAAUGCUCUGUGAAAAAGGGGUUUAAUGCAUGUGCGUAAAGUGUCAUCCCAGAUUAGCCUGUGCAGUCUGCACAGGCUAAUCAGGGAUGACACUAUCCGCCUAAACUAGAUUUUUGCUAAGAGACUUUCUUUAAACAGAAAAUAUCACAAAAGCAGAAAGUGUCGUCACUUAUUAGCCUGUGCGGACUGCACAGGCUUAUCUGGGACGACACUUUUCACACAUGCAGUACACCCGUUUUAACAGAGCACGGCUAAUUUAGAUACAGCUGGAAUAAGUGUAAGUACUUGGUACUGGUAUACCAGCUCACCAGGAAGAAUGUGUGAUGGUUGUAAGGAUAAAGUACACUAUUGUUGUUAAACAAUUGUUAAUGUGUUGUGUUGUAAAUAGCUAUUAUUGUAGAACUGUGUGUAUAAUUGAAAGUACCGGGUAAAUACAGACAAUAAACAA